CAUAGAAGAAAUACUCCGUACUAAAAUUCACUCAGUGUGCGGGAGUCGCCCAUACAGAGGAGAGUCCAUGCCCCGAGUAACUUGGAGAAUCAGUAAGCCACCGGCAUGUAGAGGAGACUCCCAAUUUCACUAUACAGCCGCCGUCCUUUCUUUUCUUUCUCCUUUCAAUUUCUAAUCCGGCCAUUUUCGCCGCCAUUCUUCACACACAUUUUUCUCCAGAAAAUGAUACGUGCAAAGCAAAUUGGGACAUUAUCCCAGUCUGCUAGGUCCCUCAUCUUAAACGGAUCAAGAUCGGGUGCAGCAGACGGUUCAUGUGCUUGUUCGGAAGACGACACGUGCGCUUCAAGAAGGAUUCAAACGAAGAAGGAUGCUGAGCGUCGAGAAGCCUCUUCGUCUACAUUUACAAAGCCUACAGGUGGAGUAGAUUCCUCUAUUUCAAGAGAUGCCAUAAAAGCCUUGAGCUCCCAGAAGAAUGAGAAGCGUGAAUAUUCGGUUUCUCAGCCAAAAGUUGCACCUUAUUCGAACCCAUCAAAGAGAGCAGAUUGUGUUUGUAGUUAUGGGAGCUUGGAAGCUUCAGACGGAUUGCAUUCAUCGCCUCCCAUUUCUGACCAGUUCGUUAGGGCAGGUAUUGCAGCGGUCAAUUUUUUAUCAGAUUUGGUACAUUAUAAAAUCCCAAUGUCAGAUGGCACAAUUAAAUCAUCGCCAGAUUGCAUUGUUGAGCACACCGAGCCUUUUUCUACACUAAAGCCCUCCUCAACUGCAAAAUCUUUUGGUAAAGAUUAUGCGAAAACCCCACCUGCUGUAACUUCAAGUCCUUCUGCAAAUAGUUGCAGCGGCACACCAGGCAGAGGUUCAGAAUGCAAUUCUGUUACGAAUGAUGGAACGGCUGUUGAUGUCGAUACACAUGACAAAAGGAGGACAUUGUGUGCAAACUCUAGACCAUAUUAUUCAACAUGUGAUGAUCAGGCUUCAAAUGGAGAGCUUAUAAUAAAGGAAAGGCCAAAAGGGUUGUCUCUUCGGGAGACAAAGAAUGGUCAUCAUACUGUAGAUACGGUUUCUCGCGUCUUACAACAACAUAUGCAUUGGGGCCCAGAGACAGAAGACGCUCUUUCUAAACUCAACCGCCCACUUGAUGCCUAUCAAGCAAACCAAGUUCUCAAGCGGCUCCAAAACCAUGCGCUUGCACUCAACUAUUUCUAUUGGUUGAAAUGCCAACCAGGGUUCAAACACGACGAGCACACCUACACGACCAUGGUUGGCAUCCUUGGGCGAGCCAAGCAAUUCGGGGCGAUAAACAGAUUGAUCAGCCAGAUGGUGGCUGAAGGGUGUCAACCGAACGUGGUGACGUAUAACCGGAUCAUCCAUAGCUAUGGACGGGCGAACUACUUGAACGAAUCGUUGCGCGUGUUCAACCGAAUGCAGGAAGAAGGGUGUGAGCCUGACCGUGUUACCUAUUGUACCCUCAUUGACCUCCACGCGAAGGCCGGAUAUCUUGAUGUAGCCAUGGACAUGUAUCAGAGGAUGCAAGAAGCCGGGCUGUCUCCUGACACCUUCACUUACAGUGUCAUCAUCAACUGUCUUGGGAAAGCGGGUCAUUUGGUCACGGCUCAUAAGCUGUUCUGUGAGAUGGUCAACCAAGGGUGUGUCCCAAACCUGGUGACUUACAACAUCAUGAUCGCCUUGCAUUCCAAGGCAAGGAACUAUUCUCAUGCACUCCAGCUUUACCGCGACAUGCAGGAAGCCGGGUUUCAACCAGACAAGGUGACUUACAGCAUUAUAAUGGAGGUUUUCGGGCACUGCGGGUAUCUACAUGAAGCCGAGGAGGUGUUCAUGGAGAUGACGAGGAAUAACUGGGCGCCCGACGAGCCCGUGUACGGUCUUCUGGUCGAUCUUUGGGGAAAAGCGGGCAACGUGAAGAAGGCAUGGGAGUGGUAUCACGCCAUGCUCCGCGCAGGUUUACGCCCCAAUGUCCCCACCUGCAACUCUCUGUUAAGCACUUUCCUCAGGGUGCACCAAUUGCCAGAUGCCUAUAACCUGCUCCAAAGCAUGAUCACCCUAGGGCUAAACCCGUCUUUGCAGACCUACACAUUGCUCCUCAGUUGCUGCACCGAAGCCCGAGCGUCGUCGUCUGCGAAGGGAUUCUGUUGUGAGCUCAUGGCGGUGACGCGCCACCCGGCCCACGCCUUCCUGCUGACCAUGCCGUCUUCGGGACCCGACGGGCAGAACGUGCGGGACCACGUCACCCGUUUCUUGGACUUCAUGCACAGCGAGGACCGGGAGAGCAAGAGGGGGCUCGUGGACGCCGUCGUCGACUUCCUGCACAAAUCCGGACUCAAGGAGGAGGCGGGGUCCGUGUGGGAGGUGGCGGCGACGAGGAACAUAUACCCGGACGCGGUGAGGGAGAAGAGCUCGUGCUACUGGCUCAUCAACCUCCACGUCAUGUCGGACGGGACCGCCGUCACGGCGCUGUCGAGGACGCUGGCGUGGUUCCGGCGGCGGAUACUGGUGCUGGGCAUCCGCCCGAGCCGGAUCGACAUAGUGACGGGGUGGGGGCGGAGGAGCAAGGUGACGGGGACGUCGCUGGUGAGGCAAGCGGUGCAGGAGUUGCUAGACGUGUUUGGUUUUCCGUUGAUCAAGGAGAAGGGGAACUCUGGGUGUUUUGUGGGGUACGGUGAGGCCCUUAACACAUGGUUGCUCCACCCUUACGUUGAGCGAAUGCAUUUGCUGUAGUAUAAUCACGAAUUAACCACGCCAAAAUGGGCUACCC